CAUUGAUCUCUGUAGGUACUGCGAGGAGAGGCCGCUGAUGCUCAGUAAUGCAGGAAUGGGUGCAAAUUUGUGCACAUAUUAUCAGAAGUCAUCGCCAGAGGAUCAACGAGGCAACUUGCUGGGCAAUCAAAGUGACACUUUAGGAAAUGUGAUGAUUCUAGAACCUGGGGACAAGUCUCCUUUCCUUGGGGAGAUACACCCUGGUUGCAGUCAGUCAUCAAUUGAAACAAACAUGUAUAAAGCACCUGUUUUCCCGCAGAGAUUGCAAUCAACAGAUUACUUGUUGGUCCGGUCUCCUAAAGGAAAGCUCUCUCUAAGGCGUAUUGACAAGAUAGUUGCUGUUGGACAACAGGAACCUCGCAUGGAAGUAAUGUCUCCUGGAUCAAAGAAUCUACAGACUUAUUUGGUGAACAGAAUGUUGGUUUAUGUGUACCGAGAAUUUUCGAAGCGUGGUGAGCGUCACUCAAUUGCUGCAGAUGAGCUGUCUUUCUUAUUUUCUAACUUGACCGAUGCAAUCAUCAAGAGGAACAUGAAAACUUGUGCUGCUUUGAAGAGGGAUAAAAAUGGCCAGCAAUAUUGGUCAAAAAAAGAAUUGCCAGAUCCAUCUGAGAAUGAGCUGAAAAAGCUGGUGGCACCAGAGCAUGUGUGUUCCUAUGAGAGUAUGCUAGCUGGCCUGUACCGGCUCAAACAUUUAGGGAUCACCCGGUUUACAUUACCUGCCAGCAUAUCUAAUGCAUUGGCUCAACUCCCAGACGAAGCUAUUGCUCUUGCUGCUGCAUCACAUAUUGAGAGGGAGUUGCAGAUUACUCCAUGGAAUCUAAGCAGUAAUUUUGUUGCUUGUACGAAUCAGGACAGAGCAAAUAUAGAGCGUUUGGAAAUUACUGGGGUUGGUGAUCCCUCUGGACGGGGUCUAGGAUUCAGCUAUGUCAGAGCUGCACCAAAAGCACCAGCUGCAGCCGGGCAUAUGAAGAAAAAGGCAGCAGCCGGUCGUGGAGCCCCAACUGUCACUGGUACAGAUGCUGAUCUUCGCAGAUUAAGCAUGGAAGCAGCUCGAGAGGUACUUCUUAAGUUUAAUGUCCCUGAUGAGAUCAUUUUCAAGCAAACUCGAUGGCACCGUAUAGCUAUGAUACGGAAACUAUCAAGUGAGCAGGCUGCAUCCGGUGUUAAGGUUGACCCUACAACCAUAGGCAAGUAUGCUCGUGGCCAGAGAAUGUCUUUUCUGCAGAUGCAACAGCAGGCCCGAGAAAAGUGUCAGGAGAUUUGGGAUAGGCAGCUUUUGUCCCUUUCAGCUUUUGAUGGUGAUGAGAAUGAAAGUGAAAACGAGGCGAACAGUGACUUAGACUCCUUUGCGGGAGAUCUGGAAAAUCUACUUGAUGCUGAGGAAGGUGGGGACGGGGAAGAAUCUAAUAUGUCUAAGAAUGACAAGUUGGACGGAGUUAAGGGUCUCAAGAUGAGACGGCGGCCAUCUCAAGUUGAGACAGAUGAAGAAAUUGAAGAUGAAGCUACUGAAUAUGCAGAAUUAUGCCGAUUGCUGAUGCAAGAUGAGGAUCAGAAGAAGAAAAAGAAGAAGAUGAAAGGUGUGGGAGAGGGAAUGGGAUCCUUUCCUCCUCCACGACCCAAUAUAGGUUUUCAGAUUAGUGAACCGUUACGAAAGCCCAAUGCCAUUGAGAAGAAACCUAUUGCCAUCCAACCUGAUGCAUCUUUCUUUGUAAAUGAGAACACCGUCAAAGACAUCAGAAAUGUUGAUAGCCCAAUUAUAAAGACCCCCAAAAGUAAACAGGUGAAAGAGAACAUCAAUUCUUUGGGCCAGCUGAGGAAGGUCAAAAUACUGAACGAAAACCUAAAGGUAUUCAAGGAAAAGAAAUCAGCGAGAGAGAACUUUGUUUGUGGAGCCUGUGGUCAGCAUGGGCACAUGAGAACCAAUAAACACUGCCCAAGAUACAGAGAAAAUACAGAUUCACAACCUGAAGGCUUAAAUAUGGAGAAGUCUGCGGGAAAGCCAAGUACUUCAGAACUAUCAGGUCAGCCCAAGCUAAAACCUAUUAAGAACAGCAAGGCUGCGACAAAAAGUACAAAGAAAACUUCUGAUGAAGUUCCAAAGGGAGAUAAUUUAACUGUCAAAACUGGGGGUCUUCCUAUGAAGUUUAGAUAUGGUAUCCCCACUGGAGAGCUGUCAGAUAAACCUGUUUCUGAAGCUCCCGGAAGUUCUGAGCAAGCAGUGGUGUCUGACAUAGACACCGGGACUAAGUCUACAUCUAAGAUCAGCAAACUGAAGAUUUCAAGUAAGGCAAAACCUAAAGAAUCAAAGGUUGAAUCUGAUAGACCUCCGCAUCCAUUGAUGCCUACAUUUAGUAGAGAGAGAGGGGAGAGCGAACCACACAAGCCAUCUGUUUCUGGACAACCUUUGUCUAGUACAGAGAGAAAUCAGGUAGCCUCAAGCAGGCACACUAUUUCUAUUCCGCGGCCAUCAUUAAGCAUGGACACGGAUCAAGCUGAAUCACGUAGGCCUCAUCUCGUGAUACGACCGCCAACAGAAAGAGAACAGCCUCAGAAGAAACUUGUUAUAAAACGUUCGAAGGAGAUAAAUGAUCAUGACAUGAGUAGUCUUGAGGAGAGUCCACGGUUUGAAUCCCGUAAAACAAAAAGAAUGGCAGAACUGGCAGGUUUUCAGAAGCAGCAGAGCUUCAGAUUGGCAGAGAACUCCCUAGAGCGGAGACCAAAAGAGGAUAGAGUAUGGUGGGAGGAAGAGGAGAUAAGUACGGGAAGACAUAUGGAAGUAACGACGAGAAGAGAUUAUGAUGAUAUGACUGUAUCAGAAGAACCCAAUGAGAUAGCUGAGAUCAGAAGAUACGAAGAGGUAUUAAGGAGUGAGAGGGAGGAAGAGGAACGACAAAAAGCCAAGAAGAAAAAAAAGAAAAAGAAGCUGCAACCCGAAUUAAUAGAAGGGUAUGUAGAAGAUUAUCCUCCUCGGAGAAACGAUAGAAGAUUGCCAGAAAGAGGGCGGAACGUCAGAAGCCGCUACGUCUCCGACUUUGAAAGAGAUGGUGCAGAGUAUGCACCUCAACCAAAACGACGCAAAAAAGGAGAGGUUGGCCUAGCAAACAUCUUGGAACGCAUAGUGGACACACUAAGACUUAAAGAGGAAGUGUCACGCCUCUUCUUAAAACCGGUUUCCAAGAAGGAGGCUCCGGACUAUCUUGCUGUUGUGGAACGCCCGAUGGAUCUCUCGACAAUCCGGGAUAAGGUACGGAAAAUAGAGUACAGAAACCGAGACCAGUUUAGACACGACGUCUGGCAGAUCACAUACAAUGCCCACCUUUACAACGACAGACGUAACCCAGGCAUACCGCCUUUGGCAGAUCAGUUACUGGAGAUUUGUGAUUACUUGUUGGAUGAUUAUGAAGUUCAGUUAUCAGAAGCAGAGAAAGGUAUAGUAGAUCCUAAUGACUGAGAGAGAAUUGUAAGAUAGAAUCUGUAUCCCCUCUUUAUAGUCCCCCCAAAAUGGGUUUCUUAGCUUAGCUAAAUGAUUUGUACGAAUAGAAAACAUUCCCAUGUUUGUGUUGUAAAGCCGAAGUAAUGAAAAAGAAAGAGAAAUCGUUAUAUUUUU